AGCCAGGCUGCCAUGGCUCUUCAACCAGUUAUUCUCCUCAUGGGAAUCACGCUGACAGGUUCUUUAUCCGGUAUCCUGGAGUACUACAUGAACGUGCGUCUUCUCAACUUCCUGCUGUCAGCUGGUUUUGUGCUUGUAGUCGGCUGCUCUUAUUUCAUCAGUAAUUAUACAGUUCUGACAAUAGUGGCUGUUCUCAUAGGAACACUAGGUGGACAGAUUAAUGUUUGCAACGUUGCAAGGCUAUCAGAAUGGAAUCCGAGGAAGAGUGGAGCUGCAAAUGGUAUUAUGGGCUUCUUUAUGGGGUUGUCUGGUCUGAUUGGAUCUGUUAUGUGUUCUGCUGUGAUAAACCCGUUAAACAGGGAGCCUGAUCUGGUGAACACUACCUCGGGAGAGGAGAUGCUGUUUCUGGACGACUACAUUAUCGAGCACACGCAGGACAUCUGGCUGGCCUGGGCGGGCACUAUUGCUAUCAUGUUCUUACCUGGUUAG